AUGAGAUCAUCAUCACCAGCCAUACUUGAACAUACGCUAUUUCGUCAACAACCAUCGUACGAAACUAAUGAACAAUCAACGCGCCGUAAAACAACAUUUGACUAUGAUAACUAUGUUUUAUCAAUUGAUUAUGAUGGUCAAUCAGCAACAUCAUCAACAUCAAGUAUAACACCAUCGUUAAAAACCGACUGUCGUCUAUCUUUAACGUCAACAUUACCGAAUCAAACAACAAGAAAUUAUUUCCAUAGUGAUACAUCAUCAAUUAAAAGUGAGAGAAAAAAGAAAAUUAUAUCACGCAUUGUCACUAUAGUAACAAUAUUUAUCUUCAUCGUAUGUAUUACACUUGUCGCAUUAACAUUAAGAUUAGCUCAUAAAAUCGAUGAAUUAGUUCGAUUAAAACACUUAAUGCCAAAACCAGUUCAGCAGUAUCGAAUUGACGAUUUUAUUCUAUUACGGACACCGAUAACAACCACCACAACAACAAAAUAUUCACGACGAAAAAAGACUAUUUCUAAACGGCGUUCAAAAGGCCAUAAUACUAUCACAAAAACGAAUCCUAGUUUUUAUCCUAUGAGAUGA